AUGUUGGCGGCAGUGCAAGCUCCCGGCAGUAAUCGCAUCUGACCAUGUAUCCUUGUGAGCGCUGGCGUGAGAUCCAUAGUUGCGCUGCUUGCCGACGGUUAACGUUGGUGCGGUGCGACAGAACGCGGGUGCUGAUACUGUCGAGUUCUGGUUUGGCCUCAGCCUUGGCUGGCUUCUCCUCUUUCUUUGCUACCGGCUUCUCAUCCUUGGGCUGCUGCUCGGGCUGUGCCGCAGGACUGGCUCGACUGCUGGCUUUGCACUUGCGUUUGCUCCUGUGUAUCAAUGGCCGUAUCGACGGCUAGGACCUUGGCUUCCUUCCACUUAUCUUCCGACCACAGCCUCGGGUGUGUGCACAGUUGGCGUAGACGCAAGGAUGAUUUUGAGAAUAUGGAUAUAGUUCUUCAGCAGCGUGCCCGAGCUCGCCAUCGCCUGGUACUUGUUCUUGGCGACGUCUUCAGCCAUAUUAUACAGCCGCCGUUCCCCGUCGGCCAGGUCAAGCCACCGGAUGACCUCAAACUUGGGGGGCAGCUCGACCAUAGUUUUCUGCGUCUUAGUGUCGUAUUGCUGCUUCAUCCUACGCAAGCACAAUGCUUGCAUCAACCGCUGCACCCGGUUGGCACCGAUGUUCCCUUCCUCAAAAUUCUCGAGUCCGUCUCCAGACAGCUGCCGCAGGUUCUCGUGGAACGGGGCGCCAACAUACGUGAGCCACACCUUCCAGUUGUUGAACGGGACAACACGCAAAAAGCGCAGUUGACUGUAGAGGUCGUCGAGGCGGUUCUGGAUUGGUGUGCCGGUAAGGCACCAUCGGACGGUCGGCGGAUAGGGCAUGUGCCGAAUGGCUGGUUGCUGUACGGCGCUCUUUGAUGGUAUGAGCCUCGUCGAGCACUACACGGUGCCAGUGCACAGCCUGCAGGGGAGAGACAUAGGGGGUUUCGGGGAUUUGGUACCACUGCGUGUC